AUGCCAACACUCCGUCCACGCAAACGCAACCCGGAAAGCCAAUCCGCGUCAGAAACCACAGCAACUUCAACAUCAUCAUUAACCCCAGCAGCGGUAACCAAAAGAAACAGGCCCGCUACUCGUUCGUCCAAGAAACGCGUCGCGGUCGCUGACGACGAGGAUGAGAUGAGCGCGGUUACGUCAGAUGAGGAACGCCGGCCGCUCCUUGACGGUCUCGCCGGUACUGAAACGGCGGUUCCGGCGCCCCUAGAGGCACCGGAAACGAAGACCUGGGCGCAGCGCAACCAAUGGAUUGUUUUCGCGUUGGCUAGUGGGGGGUGUGCGGCGUUUAAUGGGGUUUUCGCGAAAUUAACUACCACGGAACUAACAACAAAGCUCUCGAUGGGCCUUGCGCGGUUGCUGGGGUUGGAGCAUGUGGAGGGUGUUAUUGAAGUUAUCGUUCGUGGUUCCUUCUUUGGGCUGAACCUGGUCUUCAACGGCAUUAUGUGGACGCUCUUUACAACUGCGCUUGCCCGGGGCAACUCAACGACACAAGUUUCCAUCAUGAACACCUCGGCCAACUUCGUACUCACUGCCAUCCUCGGCUUUGCCAUCUUCUCUGAGGCUCUGCCGCCAUUGUGGUGGCUGGGUGCCGCCCUACUUGUGGCAGGCAAUGUCAUCAUCGGUCGUAAGGAUGAGGGUAAGGAGGAGGCAGAGGCGCAAGAAGAUGCCGGGCAAAGCGCUGCUGUCCCGGCCUCCGCUGAUGAUGGUGGACUAGGCGCAAGGGUGAAUGCGAAUGGAGGAGUGGCCAAUGAAGUAGACGAUGGGUAUAAAGAUGAGGAUUUAGCGGAUUUGAGGAUAUAG